AUAAGUACACGCUCCAUUUUUUUUAGAGCACUAUGAAUUUAUCACCAGUAUUGACCUAAAAACAUCAAGUGCUACACAAGGCGUUGCAGGGGGCUUGGGUGUCCGAUUUCUUCGACGUCGAACUUGAUGACCCUUACAUGUGGAAAGCGAUAGAUACGAGUAAAUCAAGACUUAGCAGGAUAAAACCAUGACAGGAAAACCUUGAAAUUGUCCUGACGGCUGAUGCGGCUUCGUUCACCCUGCUUGCCGACAGUGUUUACAAAUGGAAAAGAACAAUAACCCCCUCUUCUUUCACAUGAGAGUUGAUUGUGUGCCGACAAGACGUUAAGCAACACUUCCUGAUGAAAUAGCUCGAAAGAACUCUACUCAAUAUGUGGUUCCUUGGCCCGAAAAGUUAUCUUCCAGACAUACUUGCAUGUACUGACAAGCUUACGGAUCGAUUAACCCGAUAGCCCCGUGACUUAUAACUAUUUGAAUAAACUAUAUCUCCUAUAAAGAGAUUUCCUUUGUUUUAUCACUACAGACUAAAGAUCGCUUGUCGCUGCUUGGCAAUUGUGCAAUUUUCGCUGGUUUUCGACUUUGAGCUGGUCUUCCAAUGCUUUGCACUUCCACGGCGCGAAACCACCCGUAACACAAUACAAGCGAGUCAACAAAACCUUGGCAACAUCUGGUCGGCUCAGCCAAUCACAGCGCACCAUUACGUGUCCUUUCAAGGACCUUGCAUUAAUCAAACCGAAUGAGGCCGAGAGAAUCAGAGCGAGCAGUCCCUUGUGGUUGUUUUCGAUCGUUUCUGCAUAUAUUUUCUGUUUCAUUAGCUGCGUCCGCGGUUGCGACACGAUAGUAGGCUGAGAAUUCGUGAUCUCAACAAUCGUGUGAUCGACUUAUAAAAGGUUUUUUCAACACAAAACCAAGAGCUGCGAGAGAGGAGAGUUGUUUGUUUGGUCGACUUAGACACGGAUUAACCCAGAGGCGGUAGAAAACUAUGUAACAAGUCCUUACGGAGUUCAAACGACAGCUGAAAAUGUCGGCAGUGUUUCAUCAAGCUGUUCUGGAGGGAGAUGUCACUAAAGUUCGCUUCUUGCUCAAGUAUAGUCCUGGGAUACGCAUUAAUCACGCCAGUAAACACGGACUGACUGCUCUACAACAGGCCGCCUGGGACGGUCAUGUCGACUUGGUAAAUUUCCUGCUCGAGCAAGGUGCCGACUUGAGUUUAGUUGACUCAAAUGGCUACACUGCGCUGCAUCUUGCCUCUCAGAGCGGACAUUUGGAUGUUGUCAGCCUUCUGGUGAACUCUGCUUGCGUUAAUGUUCACGCUAAAACCGACCGAGGACAAAUGGCAGUGGAUCUAGCGAGAACCGAACCAGUCAGAGCUCUGUUAUCGCAAGCUAUGCUCGAGGAGAAUUUCAAAAGGAAGUGCAACGUUGGUCAUUCUGAUCCUUGGGAAACAAGUGAACCAAGUUACUACAAGAACCUUCCCGGGUGUCGGUAUUCCCUAUCUAGCGGAUCAACGGACUCAGGAGUUUACGACGAUUCAAACUUACUGCAUGACAACUCAGAAACAACAAGACAGCCGAGGUCUCAAAGGUUAGCACGCGAAAACAGUUAUGAAAGCUACACUAGCCGGUCCACUACUAGCGAUUAUAGCACGGGUAGCGAGGGAAGGGAUCCCCGACCAGUGUAUCGUAAAACGGACGGAUCUGCCGUCACUUCAAUUUUAAAAAGUCAGUCGUUCUCCGGCAUUCACCAAGCCUAUGAUGGCGAACGAAUGGGGUUAAAAGGAAGUCGGCCUGCGAGGUGCUCCUCGACAAGCCUGCAAACGCAACGAGAAGAGAGGGAUCGUCAUCGCCGACCCCAGUCAGCCAAACCUAGGGAGCCUAACAGACGAAGGACUGUAACAUUCGGGGAAUCUGACCACGAUACAAGGCAAAAGUCGUAUCAAGAGUCGGUGCCGGAGAGUCAGGUGCGAGCUCCGAGCCCACAAUACUCGACGCCACGUUCGCGAAUUCCUCCUCCCAUCCCUCCCCGAAUCUCAAGUUCGCUAUCGCCUAGAAAAGUAGAGGAUUCUGCUAGUAGGCCGACCUUAUGUACGGCAAAGUAUAGCUUUACAAAUGGACGAUACUAGCGUGUAGAGGGGUAACCGCAAUAGCCUACUCGCCGGGUAUUUUUGUCAAAAAGUAUGCAUUAAAAGUACUUUAGACACGCUGUUUUGAUAAAAUCAGCUGUAAGUGCAUGCAACUUUAAUGGAUAUGGCCGCAAAUAUAACAACACUUACAAACAAUUUGUCGCCAGGCUUUGGGUACAGUUCCCAUCUUGAAUGAUAUCCUUCGAGUUUUUCAAGACACAUAUUCAGUGCUGAUGUUUCAGAUAUUUAUGUUUUGUACAGUACAAAAUUUGGAUAGAAAUGCGAUAGUUUUAUAAUGUGAAUAAUUUAAUCUAUAAAUUGAUGUGUAUAGUUUCUUAAAAUACGAGUGAUGCAGUAUUCAGAUCUGAAUAAAUUUUCAGGCCUUAGGGCCGGGCGCUUGACUACGGCGUGUAUUAUACACAUCUAGUGUAAAAUUGUAAAAUUCAACGUAAUUAUAGUAAACGUUUGUGUAAAUGCAUGUGUAAAUGAAAAGAUGCUCUGUUAAAGUUUGUAGCUAACCAGUAUAUGAUUUGCAAUGAUUUUUUUAGUUAUGUUCGCUGUAAAAAGUUUAGAAUCGUUUACUUAUCCAUUCGCCAAUAAUGCAAGAUUAAAUAUCAUACCAUCUA